CGAGCGUCGAGCAGCAUUGGACGGAUCGACCGCACGGUCCGUACGUCAGUCUAGUCGACAGUCGGCGCCGAUCCCGCGAGCUCGCGUGCACGUCUACUCACGCCGACAAUUUGAUCUCAGCGCGACCGCACUGUGACGCUAUCCGCGAUGUCGCGCAUCUAUGAACCGACCGACCAUGUCGUCGAAAAAUCCCUCUUGCCUUCCUUCGAGCAAUAUCAAAAUAUGCACAAAGAAUCGCUUGAAGACCCCGAGUCAUUCUGGUCAGAAUUAGCAAACGAAUUCUAUUGGCAAACACCAUACCAGCGUGGAAAUAUCGUCUCUUACAAUUUUAAUGUAAACGAGGGACGGAUUUUCGUGAAAUGGCUCGAAGGCUCCAAGACCAACAUCUGCUUCAACGUCCUGGACAGGAACGUCAGGAACGGCCUUGGGGAGAGAAUUGCAUUCUAUUGGGAGGGUAACCACCCCGAGGAUUACAGCCGCAUAACAUACAUGAAGCUGAUGGACUUAGUUUGCCAAUUUGCCAAUGGACUUCGGGAACGCGGGAUCGGCAAGGGAGACAGGGUCUCUAUCUACAUGCCGAUGAUUUUGGAGACCGUCGUAUGCAUGUUAGCCUGUGCUAGAAUUGGUGCGGUGCACUCCGUCGUGUUCGCUGGAUUUUCAUCAGAUUCGCUGGCCGAGCGCAUGUCUGACUGUAAAGCGAAAGCUAUAGUUACGGCGGACGGCGCAUGGCGAGGAGAAAAGCUGCUUGUUUUGAAAAAUACUUGUGACGAAGCUAUUCAGAAAGCGAAGGAAAAGUACAAUCACUUAGUUGACAUGUGCAUUGUGGUGCCCCACUUGAACAGAGUCACUCCUUGCGGAAAGAUACCAGAGGACGUAAAGACCCUGUAUAAGUGGAAUGACGAUAUUGAUGUCUGGUGGAAUGAUAUCGUGGAGGGAAUGUCGACCAUCUGCCCGCCAGAGUGGCUCACCCCUGAUGACCCACUGUUUAUGCUCUACACUAGCGGUUCUACUGGAAAACCAAAGGGCGUACUGCACACUACAGCCGGAUACAUGUUGUAUGCCGCGGCAACGUUCCGCUACGUGUUUGACCAUCGGGAGAAGGACAUUUACUGGUGCACGGCCGAUGUCGGCUGGAUCACCGGCCAUACUUAUGUAGUGUAUGCACCCUUGGCCAACGCUGCCACCUCUGUCAUGUUCGAAGGAACACCAUUUUUCCCUGACAAUGACCGCUUCUGGGCUGUCUGUGAGAAGUACAAGGUGACGCAAUUCUAUACCGCACCUACUGCCAUCAGAGCUCUCACUAAAUUCGGAGAUGAUAUGGUGAAGAGACACAAUCUGGAUACAUUGCGCGUCUUGGGAAGUGUAGGAGAACCGAUUAACCCUGAAGCUUGGCUAUGGUAUUACAACGUCGUUGGCCAAGGUCGCUGCUCAAUUGUGGACACUUUCUGGCAAACCGAGACCGGUGGGCACGUGUUGACUAGCUUGCCCGCUGCUACUCCGAUGAAACCAGGUGCCGCUGGCUUCCCAUUCUUUGGCGUCGACCCGAUCAUCAUUGACGAAAACGGCCGUGUCAUCGAGGGAGUUGGUGAAGGGUACCUGGUAUUUGCUCGCCCGUGGCCUGGCAUAAUGACCACUUUGUACCAAGACCACAAACGCUACGAGGAUGUGUACUUCAGGAAGUUUCCCGGAUACUAUUGCACUGGAGAUGGUGCCCGGAGGGAUGAAGAUGGUUUCUUGUGGGUGACUGGCCGCAUCGACGACAUGCUGAACGUAUCAGGCCACUUGAUGUCCACUGCGGAGGUCGAAGGUGUUCUCACUGAAGAUGCGAACGUAGCUGAAGCGGCCGUGGUGUCGAAACCACAUCCAGUGAAAGGCGAAUCACUUUACUGUUUCGUAAUUUUAAACGAAGGUGCCAAAUUUGACGCUGAUUUGAUCGACUCGUUGAAGAAACGCGUGCGUAGCAGGAUCGGCGCUUUUGCCGCUCCUGACGUAAUCCAACAUGCUCCUGGACUGCCAAAAACCAGGUCCGGCAAGAUAAUGCGCCGCAUCUUGCGCAAGAUAGCGCAAGGCGACAAGAACGUCGGGGACACUUCCACGCUGGCUGAUCCUUCCAUCGUGGACAUGCUGUUCCUGACCCGCCGUUAGACGAGUAGGGAACAAAAAUGCACUGAUUUUUCGUUCCUAUUAAGAUGCACGGCCUGCACCGUAUUAUUUAAUCAUUUCCCGCUUCUCUCCAGUCCUGCUUGAAUAUCCGUCCGCAACUCUUUCGACAAGGCCUUGUGUUCCAAGUACAUUCAAAAAGUUGCGUUAAUGACACCGGUAUUCAUUGACUAUAUAAUACGCAACCGUAUAUACAUAGUUAUGUAGUUGUAACUUUAUUGUGUGAGGUUUUAUACAUGGGUUUAAAGUAGGUACCACUUGCCUUCAACGCAUAGUUCGUAAAGGUAAUUAUGUAAUAGUUACAUCAUUGACUAAAGAAUCACUGGAUAGAUGUACAUUAGCUAGAUUUUAUAGCAAUUUCCACAGGGUGUGUCUACCAAAAUGGUUCAAAAUCUCGAAUUUGUCUACUUAUAUUAUCUUCGAUCUCUAUUAUGGGUAUGCUUUAUAUAGGUACCGAAAUAGUUGAUCGAAUGUCUAUUAAGUGAUCCAAAGUCAAUGAAAUUAAUUUAUCGUCAUAAUAUUUAGUUACACACCGAGCUGUGUCUACAUAAUAUGUUAAGAUUAAGUAUACACAAAACAUAUAUACACAUUAGUUAUACAUAUUGUUUGUAAACCUUUGGCAUUUAUGUAUAUUUUGUCAAAAAUCGAUUGAAUCGGUUUCGUUUGUAUCAGUUAACUAAUUGUGAUAUAAUAAAUAGGCGGGUUUGGUUUAAAAAAAUCAAAUUCUUAUUAAGGUACCUAUCAGGUAGUUAAACAUAUUGAAAUGUUUUCCUAAUUAUUUGUAUCAUUCAAUGGUACGUAAUUAUGACGAUGAAAGUACCUAAGCCUAACAAUUAAAUUGAUUGAUUUUAUUUACGGAAGCCAAAUUUGUAUAAUUGUUUCAGAGUUUUAUCUAUUUUAUAUUUAGAAGCACCGCUUAUACUUGAAUAUUGGAUAAGGCACCUAUUCAACCAUUCCAUAAUACAUAAACUCUUAUAUAUAGUGUAUUUUACAAGAUACUAUUACGUUACGCAUCUAAUACAGCAGUGAGUACGCAAGAUACAAUCUGAUGUGUACUAGUUUAGCGAUAGGAUCGUAAUUAACAGCGUAAUCAGUAAUCGUAGGUAUUCUAGUAACAAAUUGCUCACAUUCUUGCAUUCGAGACCUAAGUCGCCGUAUCAGCUACCGAGUACUCGCUGAGCGAACCUAUGUAAUAGGUUGUUUAGUUUGUAUUUCUUGUUUCAUUCGACGUGAUUCGAACAGACUGACAGAAUUCCGGACGUUAAUCGUGUAUUACUUUGCCUCUGACGUGUGCCGCAGCCCUCUAGUUUUAGUAUUUAUUUAUUGCUCUAAUUAUUUUUCUAAGUUAUUCAGCAGAUUACCGAAGAACUAGAUUUAUUUAGGACUGGAAGAACCAUAGUUUCCUUGUAGUUAUGCACAAAGCAUGCAGUUACUUAAGUUGCUAGUGUCAUCUCAUCGCCUAUCGUAGUCUUAGGUGUAAGCAUACCUAUUUUAAUUUUUCACAGGUUGUGAUAUUAUUUCGGUAUUUUUUUUAAUGUAAUAGUUGGCUGUGUUUAUUUUUUUCUGCACAAAGAUUUCGAAUUCGAUUAACCCAUUAAAGUACAUAAUAUUAAUACAUAAAUGUUAUACGUGUAUUUGACGGCACUUAUUUGUGAUGCACAAUGUUGAGAUAUUGUAAGUAGAUAUACGUGUAUACCUAUCCAUAGGUUAGGUUCUAGGAUUAUAAGUAUAUAAAAAGCGUAGAGUUUAUGGCCUUUUGUGGAGCAAUAUUAUUAUUUAUUUAUAUAUAGAUCAAUUUAUUCAUUGUGUAAUAGUUUAAGAGUGAAGUUGUUUUAAUAAGUGAACUAUUUUGUGAAGUUACCCGCACCGCUACAGUUGGUAUCCAGUACCUUCAAUAGAUGCCAGCUUGGAUUUAAUUUAUUCGUAAGCAUUAAGGGCUUACUUGUAGUGUCAUCAACCGAUUGUUGUAAGCAGGAAAUGUAUCAACAAGUAAUAAAUAUAUACAAUCUAAACGCACAAUGUAUAAUUUGAUAUUCCUGCCAACAAUAGAAAUAUAAAAACAACGAUUUUAGCACGAGCAUCGAAGUGAAGGAUUAUUAUUAUUAUUUUGUGUUACGAGUGCCUCUUAGCGACCAAACAAAGAGCUCUGAUUAUGAUUAUUUAUUAACUAUUAGGUAUGAUUAAUUUCAGUCUGUAGGAACGUGCUAUUUAUACUUAUUUUCCACUUGGUACCAUAUUAUCUCUUAGCGUAUAGUUAGGCUCUCGAAGUCACUCGAGAGUCGCAUAGUAAGUAAGGGAAUUUAUGUGAUUGCAUGUCAUAUCAUUAAACUGAUUAAAUGAUAUUCCAAAA